AGGGGCCCCAGACGCGGUUCACCUGGCUGGGCAGGUAAUGCCAAGGCGGGGCUGGGGGGCAACGAUUUCCCAGGAGGUGGAGGGGGGCAGAGAGAAAGGCGACCCUCGGUGUCGGGGAAAGGUGAGCUCGUUCCCUCCCCAGGGACUCCGGAGCGGCUGGAGGCCUUCCGCCAGGAAGUCGAGGGCAGGCCUGGCCCAGGUAGCGCUUGGGGUGACACUUCCCCCUUGGAUGCUUCGCUCCCUUCCUCCGCCUGUGCAGCAUUCCCACCCCCGGCUCAGUUUUUUGGGACUCUUCCGUCGCUGCCCUUCCCCCCCCCCCCCCCGGAAGAUCCCUCUGGGCAGGAGAUCGGAGGCCAGGCCAACUCCGAAGGGCUCGGCCAGCGAAAGUUUGACGUUUGCACCGCCGAGGGCUGCCGGCGCUGCGGACCAGCACAGGGUCUCCUGUCAUGGAGGAAGCAUUUCCAUAGAUCCUCAGUGAUUCCAUAAGAAGGCAAAGCAAAAGGUCUUUUAGGGGUGGUAAGUCAUGCUGGGAAAGAAACAGAGGCCUUGCCAAAACAUAAGCCAUCUCCAUCGGCCCCCUCAAGAUGUUGCAAUCCCACAGAAGAUCCGUUCUCCUAAGUCAGGUGACAUUAGCCUGGAAGUCUUUAACAGCUCUCCUCCAGAGCUUAAGUACAUCCACAAGCUCAGGCGGGAUAGAAGAGCCUACAAAGCAGAUUCCCACGAUUCCCACGGAGGGGAAGGAGAGACAAAUACCUUCAUCCCUAGAGCUGCAGAGAGCCCCCCGCCCCCAUGCUGCCCCAGUCUUUCCCAGGUCUGGAACACCUCCAAAGCCAUCUUCUGCUGCCUGAUCACCUGUGGGAGCUGCUUCAAGGACUGCCGAGCCAGCAUCUCCUACAACAGCACCCUGACGGAAGACGGGAAGAACCAGGAGUGCAAUGGGCAUCCCACUAGCAGUCCGGCCAACAGCUCCCCCAGUGAAAAGAAUGGGAGCCAAACUGGGAAGAGUACAAUGGGAAGCAGCUUUAGCUACCCUGAUGUGAAAUUGAAAGGGGUCCCACUUUAUCCAAACCGGAACCCCGGCUCUGCCACAGACUCUGAUUCAUGUUACAAGGAACCUUUGCCAGAGAAGUUCCCUCCACACAGCAUUGAGAAGCAGCCUGCCCCUGCUAGCCACCGGAGCUCUGAGGAACAUUAUUCCUUCCACGAGUCCGAUCUCGAGUUUGGUGAGCUGAACAGCUCCAUGUCCAGUAGGGAGAUCGACGGCCUCAUCUUCAAGAAACUCACCGAGCUUUUCAGCGUCCACCAGAUCGACGAGUUGGCCAAGUGUACCUCUGACACGGUCUUCCUGGAGAAGACCAACAAGAUCUCCGACCUCAUCAACAGCAUUACUCAGGACUACAAUUUGGAUGAGCAAGAUGCCGAAUGUAGGCUAGUCCGGGGCAUCAUACGUAUCAGCACACGGAAAAGCAGGGUCCGACCCCGUGUCCCUGCCCCAAAUCUCCCAGGUUCAGGGGAGAUCACCAGCCGAGUCAACCCACUUCAUGGCGGCAAUGAGACUAUGCUGGCAUCCGUUCUCCCUAGUGAAGAAGAUCUACCUGUUCAGAUAUCGGUAGAAACUACAGCAGAUAUGCAAGCCAGAAACAUGAGGCAAGGUAUCUACAACACAGCAGGAUCCCCAUUAAGUAGAGGGUCUUCUUUCCAAGAUACGGAGACAGAUUCCUCUGGAGCCCCUCUGCUUAAAGUGUAUUGCUGAGAAACGUGGACCUGGCAAAUCCCCAGAAGCAGUGAGGCCUUUAAGUCAGCCUCACUUAGAGACCAGUUCAGAAGCGAUGGACAACGGAGUCUGAUGCAAGCCAUUCUCAAUUGUGCCUUCCAAGGAAUACUUGAUUUCUCUUGCCAUUUUCCAAGGUUGGCCCUAGUGUAGACUUGCUUUAAGGUGACCGUUGGUGCUUUUUGAUCAUUUCCUAGGCCCAGGGGUCUCUGACCUUGGCAACUUUAAGACUUGUGGACUUCAACUCCCAGAGUUCCUCAGAACUUCCUCAGUUGAAGUCCACAAGUCUUAAAGUUGCCAAGGUGGAAGACCCCUGGCCUAAGUCCACAAGCUUUGCUGGCUGAGGAAUUCUGGGAGUUUAAGUCCACAUCUUAAAGUUGCCACGGCUGGAUACCGCUGUCCUAGGCAAUGUUGAUCUCUGCUUCAGAAGUGAACAGAAAUGAUGUAGCAGUUACAGCUUUUUGCACAUAUCCUUUCCUUAAUCCAUUCUGCUCUCCCCUUACCCUUGUUAAACAAGAACUGACCUCUGCAUUUUCUUUUCCAGAAUAAAAAAGAUCUUUCUUCUGCCUAUCAGGCUUAUUCAUCCAACAGACUUAUCUGUUACUGAUCUGCCAUUAAUUUUCUCAUUUGGAAUUCAGACUUGAUUGUUCUCAUGCAAUUCCUCUAGGCCUUAAAAUAUCCACUCUUCAUUGUAAAUAGCUCACCAGAACUCUGACGAUGAGACGUUGUUGAUUUAGGAAUAUGACAAUUCCUCUGUUGAAAUCUUCAGAAACUCUUGCUAUCUCUCCUGUAGUUUAAUUUUAUUCUUUUUUUCUUUUCCCCUGCCUCAUUUGAACCAUGGGGGGCUGCCUAGAUUGGAAAUGCAAAAGUUUGAAAGGGAAGCUGUUACUGCAUCUUAGGGUAUUUUGAUUCCUACUGUGCUUUGGUGGUGUUAUUUUUUUUAAAGCAAAUAAAAUUAUAUUUAAACAAUGAACGUUGAAAAGUCACCCCCUUUGUCUCAUACAAAGGG